AUGGAUGGAGCCUGGGUGUACCUGGUGACAGGAGGCUGUGGGUUUAUUGGGGAAAGGAUUGUGGAGCUGCUGGCACAGCAGGACUACAUUCAAGAAGUCAGAGUUUUGGAUUCAGUAGUGAGAGAAGAAGUGGAAAAGUACAGCACAGCAACCACUCGAGUGACAGUGAUGAAGGGAGACAUUCGAGACUCCAGCCUGCUGCUGGCUGCCAUGCAGGGGGUCCACGUGGUCAUCCACACAGCUGCUGUGGUGGACUACAGGAGCACCUUGCCCUUCUGCCAGAUGAGAGCUGUCAACGUGGAGGGUACUGAAAACGUGCUAAGGGCCUGCUGUGCCCUGAGCAUCCCCUAUGUUGUCUACACGAGCUCCAUUGCUGCAGUGGGCCCCAACACAUCACAGGAGCCCAUGUUCAGGGGAAAUGAGGACACCAAAUACAGCGGGGAGGUGGAGCUGCCCUACGGGAAGACGAAGGCCAUGGCAGAGAGACUUGUGCUGGAAGCCAACGGUAGCAAGCUCCCCAACGGGGGUAAGCUCAGCAUCUGCAUCAUCCGUGCCAACACAGUGUAUGGGGAGAAGGCAACCUUCCUGCAGGAGCUCUACUCACAUGUCAAAGCCAACCAGGGAGUCCUCAACUACCUGCAGCCUGAGCACAGUGAGCGCAACUACACCUACGUGGGGAACGUUGCAUGGAUGCAUGUUCUUGCAGCAAGGAACCUGCAGCUGAAGCCAGACUUGCUGGCAGGACAAGUGUACUACUGCUACGAUGACACUCCCACAAGGAAGGGCUCUCUGAUCCAACACCAGCUCUUGUCCUCCGCAGACCCCUCGGUGAGACUCGGCUCACACAUCCCUUACUGGAAGAUGUGGCUGAUGAUACAAGUGCAGAGGGUGAUGAGGCUCAUCCUCUAUCCUUUCUGGAAGCCACAGCCUCGUCUGAACCUGCCUCUGCUCCACACCAUAGUCACCACCUUCUCCUACGAGACAGACAAAGCCUCCAGGCACUUUGGGUACAAAGCCCUCUUCACCUGGCAAGAGAGCAAGCACAGAACUGUGCAGUGGCUGAAAGCAGCUGCAGGGGACCGGGAAGCCACUCAGCCCCCGGGCAGAAAGGAGAACUAA